GAUACCUUCAUUGAUUAAUUGAAUAGAAUACCUUUAUUAUUAUUAUUAUUUUCCACUCCAGGAAUCAAAGAAUAUCUAGUAGAUAUUAUUCAGAAUGUCUGCCGCGGACUCCAAAGGAACCCAAGGUUUCUACGAUGAAUUGAAAGCCUUGUUUCAACAAGCUGACAAAUCCGGCGAGGGCAAACUCGCCCUCCCCGAAUUCAAAAGCGCCGUGAAAGGCAGCGCGAGCGGGAGUCAGCUCAGCGAUGCGCAGCUCGAGGCGAUGUUUAAUUUUUAUGAUGAGGAGAAGAGUGGGUUUGUUUCGUUUGAAAGUGUGUGGAAGAAGAUGAAUAGUAUGAUGAAGUAGGGGAUUUUUUUGGAGGGUGUUUGGGUGGGUUGGAUUAUUGGUAUAUUGUAUUUAGGUUAUUUGUAUCCUGGUGGUUGGUGGGAGUGGAACACAGUAGGCAUCUGAUGGUAUGAAGAAAUGUAACGUGUCAAAAG